GGGAUCAAAGGGCCGUUGUCCUCUCUCAGGAAGCAGGGGAGAAACAUUGAAGCAGCCGCCUUCAAACAAGGACAAUCCAUUAAAUCAAAUCUCGUUUAUCCAAUCGGAGGUUUAUCAGAUGCCCAGAUAUCAAUCGUGUGCUUAUUAGUGUAGGGAUACCCAGCAAUACAGGGCAUAGAAGAUAUAUUCACUCUCCAAGACUGGACAAAAGCCGCUGCGAGGAAUAAGCAAGGCGUGAAUUUAAAUACUCUGUCUUUCGUCUUCAGCUUCAUCUCCAGCUUCAUCUCCAACUUCAAAUCCAACUUCAACUUUCGUUUCUUCUACAGAACUUGCAGCAGACCUCCAAUAGAAUAGAAUAAAACUACCAGAUCGACUUAUUUCAAGACCACAAUCAAACCUUCGCCAACAUGCACGCCAUUUCCAUCUCAAUCUUUGCCGCUGCCCUUAUGGGUACUGUUGUUACUGCUCAGACAACAACUGUAACAGAUCUUUUCCUUGUUGGAUUCGACUAUGGUUACAACAGUUCUGAACAAGCUCCAUACGUUGGUUCCGUUAUUGCUUCUGACGCUACUGCCACUACAUACUCCAUUGCCUGUGGUUCUCAAACCGCUGCUCCCGCUACCACUUCUUCCUACUUCGACGACAGUAACGAUUGUGGCGUUCCUCCUAACUUCACCUUUACGCAAGGCCCCUCAACAAUUGCCUAUACUUACACAAUCGACGGUGUGGAAGACUAUGUCGUCACUGACAGCGCUUCCGGCUCAUCAUAUGCAACCGGCCAAGCUACAAUGACACUUGGCUGCGUCCUCUCCGGUACCUCUGUUGGAGUCUGCAGCUACACCGAGCUUGAAGCCGUAGCAUCAACAACUCUUACCUCCAUCGAUGCUACAACAGUCAGUGGUACCGAGUACACCGAGGUCUUCACCGGUGUCCCCGUCACCAUCACCGCUGGCCCAGCAAGCACUACCGGCUCUGCAUCUGGCGCCUCGGCUUCUGCUUCAAAAUCCGCUUCCGGUUCUGCCUCGGGAUCUGCUGCCGGUUCUGCUUCAGGCUCUGCUGCUUCUACCGGAGGUAUGCCUAUGAUUACCGCCAAGGCACAAUGGGUCGUUGGUGGUGCUGCUGCAGCCAUGGUCAUGGCUGCUUUGUAAUUGUUGUGAUUCCUAGGCACUGAUCACGGUGACCUGAGAGAAUUCGAUUGUAAAUCAAAUGCAUGUAUUAUGCGCUUAUGGUGUAAUGGUUGGUUUGCAGAUUCGUGUGCACAUAUACCUUCUAGGGAGAUGGAGUUAUCAUUUCUUUUUUUUUUAAAAAAAAAAUACUGGUAGCAUGAUAUCAUGAUUCUAUAGCGUUGAGCAACGAAAAUAAAUAUUAAUACGUUUUAUAAUUCAACAAUGGAUUGUUUUGUUUGCCCUCUGA